CAGCAGCCACGUACCGACCACCCGUCGUCCGUACACCCUCGAAAACGGCCCGCGCUGGCCACACGUAGACGGACACGCCCCGCACCGCAUCCUGAAGUCGGCCGUGACCUCAUCCCGACCGUGCAACCAAAUCCUGUAAUAAAAUCCCGCGCCGCUGUGAAGCCAAGCCAGCGGCACCUUCCUGGAAAGGCCGCAAGAGCCAGCACCACACGUGCCCAUUUCCUCCCCAAGGAACCCCCUCCACGCAGCCGCCUAGCGUUCCUCCCCAGCCCACUCCGCCGAAGCUUCCAGACCCCCCCCUCCCCCCUCCCCUAUUUAUCCCCCCUCGAAUCCUCACUCCCUUUUCUCAUUCAACGCCCAUCACCACACACUCACAGCGUAGCUCAGCCAAAGGAAGCAGCAAAGGCAGAGAGAUUCAACGAUCGACCUGAUUCGAUUCGAAGCAAGCAAAGCAACUCCCAACAACAACAACAAACAGAGGAUCGUGGGGAUGGCAGUGAGAGGCACCAGGAGGGAGCGUGACGCGGAGGCGGAGCUGAACCUGCCGCCGGGGUUCCGCUUCCACCCGACAGACGACGAGCUCGUCGAGCACUACCUAUGCCGGAAAGCCGCGGGGGGCCGUCUGCCGGUGCCGAUCAUCGCCGAGGUCGACCUCUACAAGUUCGACCCGUGGGCGCUGCCCGACAGGGCGCUCUUCGGGACCAAGGAGUGGUACUUCUUCACCCCGAGGGACCGCAAGUACCCCAACGGGUCCCGCCCCAACCGCGCCGCCGGCAACGGGUACUGGAAGGCCACGGGCGCCGAUAAGCCCGUCGCGCCCCAUGGACGCACCUUGGGGAUCAAGAAGGCCCUCGUGUUUUAUGCUGGGAAGGCUCCCAAAGGGGUUAAGACUGAUUGGAUCAUGCAUGAGUACCGCCUCGCUGAUGCUGGCCGCGCCGCCGCCGCCGGUGCCAAGAAGGGGUCCCUCAGGUUGGAUGAUUGGGUUCUGUGCCGGCUGUACAACAAGAAGAACGAGUGGGAGAAGAUGCAGAUGCAGCAGCAGCUGGUGGGGGCGAAGGAGGCCACGAAGCAGGAGUCGUCGGACAUGGUGAUCACCUCGCACUCCAACAACAACAACAACUCGCAGCAGUCGCACUCGUGGGGCGAGGCGCGCACGCCGGAGUCGGAGAUCGUGGACCACGACGACCCGUCUUCCUUCCCGGCGGCGUUCCAGAGCCCCGCGGCGCAGGAGAUGCUGGCCACCAUGAUGGUGCCCAAGAAGGAGGCGGCGGACGACGCCGGCGCCGGGGCAGGCAGGAACGACCUGUUCGUGGACCUCAGCUACGACGACAUCCAGAGCAUGUACAGCGGCCUCGACAUGAUGCCGCCGGGCGACGACCUCCUCUACUCCACCCUCUUCGCGUCGCCUAGGGUCAGGGGCACCAACCAGGCCGGCGCCGGCGUCGGCGGCAUGCCGGGCCCCUUCUGAGCGCAGACGAGCUAGCAGAGAAGAAGAACCAGAGACCAGAGACAAGUGCCAGUCGAGUUUCCUCCUGGCUGCUACGAGCGAGCUUGCAGACCACUGUAAAUACGGCAUAGGAGACGGGGAGAGAGGUCGUGUUCGUCGGGGCGGCCGUGGCCUGGUGCGGCUCCGGCGCCGGGGCGUGUUGUAUAUGUGGAGCCCGGCGCCGGCGCUGGGUCAUUCUUUUGUUUUUACCCUUUCACUCACAUACGUAUAUGUAGCUCUUGCUCAUCCUCUCCAAUAGAAUCGAACCGACCAGACCAGACCAAAUUUUGCUGUUUCUACUGUUAUCUGUUGAUACUCCAGUAUUUUUCCUUUGAAUUGCAAUAUUGUCCUAAAUUUGCUUAAA